ACCGUUCCGUGGGCGACGCCGUCGCUAUGACCAUUUGUCAAUUCUUCCUUCAAGGCCGGUGCCGCUUUGGAGACCGGUGCUGGAACGAACAUCCCGGCGUCGGGGGUGCGGGCGGGGGACGGCAGCAACAGCCCUCAGAGAGAGGCUAGCAACUGGGGUCAGAACCUGGAUUCUUAACUUUGGAGAAGUUGCAAACUCCUUUCAAAAUCUAAUAAUAGCUACAAAGGUAUACCCCAGGUAGUAACAGACGUGGAUGGAAUCCCUCCAGCCAGAGAUACUCGAGUGUUAUCCAGCCAUCCAGCUUCUCCAAAUCCACACCAUGGGGGGGCAGCAGAGAUCAAGAAAAGCCAUCUUUCAGUUCUUCAGAUUCUGGAGCUUCAAAUAGCAGGAACAGGGGGUUUGGACUAUCCCAGAAUCCAUUUGCUUCACCCAGCUCUGAUGAGCAGAAAGAUGAAAAGAAACUUCUAGAAGGAAUUAUAAAAGAUAUGGAAGUUUGGGAAUCAUCAGGGCAGUGGAUGUUUUCUGUUUAUUCGCCAGUGAAAAAGAAGCCUAAUAUUUCAGGUUUUACAGACAUUUCACCAGAGGAAUUGAGGCUUGAAUACCAUAACUACUUAACCAGCAAUAACUUACAGAGUUAUCUGAAUUCCCUCCAACAGUUAAUAAAUCAGUGGAGAAACAGAGUAAAUGAACUGAAAAAUCUAAAUACAUCGGCUAACAUAGCUUCGCUCUCAGAUGUAAAGGGUGGAGUAAAUCAAGCAGCAGCUACAUUUGGAUUUGGCAGUAUGCAAGGAAUAACAUUUGGGCCACCAGGUUUUCCAGUGCAUAACAGCAGCAGUGCUAAUGCUCAGAAUUUUAGUUUUAAACCAAGCUCUGGAUUUGCCUCUGCCGCUUCUGGAAGUCCUUCUGUGUUUGGGAAUACUCCAGCGUUUGGAGCUGCACCCCCUGCCAGUUCUGCCAUCACUACUUCCACUCCAACGUUUGGAUUUGGGAAACCUGCAAUCACAUCUGCUGCUUCAUUUUCUUUUAAAAGUCCUGCAGCUUCCGGUUUUGGAUCACCUGGAUUUUCAGGAUUUCCAGCUUCCAUGGCAGCAGGCUCUGUUGGAGCCCCAGCCUUUGGAAGUGGCAAUUCUGUGGCUGGUUUUGGUAAUCUAGGCUCACAUUCUCACAGUGCUUUUUCCAAGUCAUCCAGUGACACCUUUGGAAAUAGCAGCAUAUCCACCUCUUUACCAGUCUCAAAUGGCAGCAUCACAACAGAUAAUGUGUUAUUCACACCCAAGGAUCAACUAACAGCAGAAGAACUGGAGCAGUUUCAAUCCAAGAAAUUUACUCUGGGAAAAAUUCCAUUAAAGCCACCACCUGUGGAACUUCUAAAUAUUUGAAAGGACAAUUUUAAAUACAGAAAAGAACAGCUCUUAAA